GAGACAAGAGCGAAAUUUGCUUGAUCCAUUUUUCCUGAAAAUGAAUUGCAGGCAAACUGCAAAAGCAUGGCAAAAAGGAAGCGGCUACGGCGCUGCCACGAGGUUGAAUUUACCAUGACGAAUUGAAUUGAUAAACCCCUCUGAACUCACUCCUUCACUCCAAUUCCAUGGCCAUGCCAACAGAAAAUUGAACAAUCACAAACAAACAUCGAUUGAAAAUCAUCAAAUUCCAAAACCAAUGGACCACUACAAGGUUCUGGGGUUGCCAAGGAGCGCGAGCAAAGAAGAAAUCAAGGAAGCGUUCAGGAAACUGGCGGUGAAGCUGCACCCAGACAAGCACUCCCACUCCCCCAAGGCCGUGAGGGAGAGCACCACCCUCAGAUUCAAGCAGGUCUCAGAGGCCUACCAGGUCCUCAUCGACGAUCGCAAGCGCGCCGACUAUAAUUUCCGGAGCUCUCGCUCCCACAAUUACAAUGCAAAUACUAGUAAUUACGGCCAUGGUUAUGGUUAUAGUGCUACCAAUUAUGGAGGCAAGUACAGACGAGCCUCCUCUGGAGGCUCUGGAGCUUCCUCUGCGUUUGAGAAUGUGCUUCGCUACGUCACGACGCGAGCGUUUCUUCUGAAUCUCUCCGUUGCAGGGGCUUUCUUAGGCGGCAUGGUCGUUGUUAAUAGGGGCUGGGAUGCUCUAUGGAAGAUGCAUAAUGCUGAGAAAUCAUUUGAAGAAACAAUGAGAUCCCUUGAAAGAUCCAAAGUACGUAAAGAGAAGCCGUAGGAGGUGGCCAUUAAAUCUAGUUUGCCUUCUUCUUAUUGUACUUAGAAGUCAUCUUGGUCAAAUCACCACAUUUGUGUGCAGAUAAAAGCAAAAAGUUCUCAUUAGUUUAUGAGGACAGAGUUUGUCGCUUUAUAAGUUUUUUCUUGUGAAACAAUAAUGUAUUUGUUCAUGUACAUAAAAAAAAUAGUUACAAUAAAUGGAACAUUUUAAGUAUCAUGUAUUCAGGUUAUGUAUCAUAGAUAUUUUCCUGAUGUAUACACACACAUCCACACAACCACAGUAAUCACUCCAUUACAUGUUAUUAUAAGUUUAUUAAAAUUGCUAUAUUUAUGUAUGAAACAGAGUCCUUUUUUGUCCAGGUAAAAGCAAAGAGCUCUUACUGGUUUUUGAAGAUGGAGUAUGUUGCUUUUAACGUAUUUGUAUAAUCUGUCUAUACUUGAUUCAGUAUUUCUUUCUCGGUGUUGAUUUUUUUCUCUCUCUGAAGAAUAAUGCACUUGUUCAUGUGGACAUAUAUUACAAUGAUUGGAAUUUUUCAGUUGUCAUGUUAUUCAAGUUAUGUGUCAUAAAAAUUUCUUGAUGCAUCAAUAAACGCACACAUCCACAGAAGCACAUUAACAUGUCCCUUGCAUGUAAGUGAUAAGCACAGUUAUUUUGGUAAAAUAACAUUUUUUUUAAAGUAUUAUACAUAAAACAAAAGAAAAAUAAAUCUAGUUGUAUAAAUACUUUUAGUUGGAGUUUUGAAUAUUGAGUUUUUAUUGAGAAGGUCUUCAAUGUAAAUUUAUUUUUAUUAAAUGUUAUUCUCAACCCUUCUUUCUAUUUUGGCACAAAAGGAAAGCAUUGUUCUCUUACUUUUCAUUUUUUAACAGAUAAGGAUCUGCAUCUUUCUUAAUCUCUCUUCUUUUCCUUAAAGCCUCUCUAUGUCACAUUCUGAUUUGCUUUUUUCUUUUUUCUUUUUUUGCCUGUUUUGAUGGUUUCUGAUUAUUUGGAUUUUGGUUUGUUCCUAAAGAAGAAGGAAACAGGUAGAGGAGGCCUAUUUCUCAAGAUAAUCUGAGAUGGAUUCUCUUAGAUCCAGGAAAACCUAGGUUUUUUUUAAUUUUUAAUUUUUAAUAUAACCAGGAAUCCACCAAUCCACAUUGCGGACUCAGCUUUGAAACUGGGCCCCCGGCCAAGCCCUACAAUCAUUUGGUUGCUUUUGAACCUCAGACCACAUGGGGGCAAACCAUGAGCCUGACUCUUCCAACUGACCCACAUUGGUGGUUUUCUUGUGAUUAUCAGAGUUGGUUUAUUUUUUCCUAGUUUCUUUCUGAUUAACCCUUUUGCUUUACUCUCUUGAAUUUGUGGAUAAAGGUUGGGUUGUAGUCUCGUUUUCAUAUGCUUAUGUAGUCACAUGUAUAUUUAAGGGUACUGGGCAAGAAAAAAGGGUUAGUGCGGAGGAUAGGAUUUCGGUAUUUGCCCGUUGAUUAUCUGCUAGAAGGAGAAGGAUUUGGUGGGCUCUUGCUUAGAAAUUAAAUUUAGCUGUGAAGUGAAGCCUUCAAUUUUUUUAUUUGUUUUUAAUUAUUGGGAGGUUAAAUCGAUUCUGAUGAUUCCAUUUCUUACUGCUGCUCAUGUUUUAUUUUAUUGUGAUGGCAUAACCUGUUUAUAAUGUUAUUACAUUUGUGUGGGGAUUGGUGUACCAGUGAUAGAGCAAAAGAGGGGAUAUAAGAUGUUUGAGGUGGAUGAAAAUUUGAGCUUAUUGAUCAAAUGUUACAGAGAGAAGAAUAUGCGGUGCCUUGAAAAUAUGUUUCCUUCAGCAAAGGAAGUUUCAACAAUACUGGUAUUGAAUUUAGUCUGUUGACCAGGUAAUCAGAAGAAGAUAAUUCUGAAGGAGCUGAUUUGUUGAUGCUCCAGAGUAUGGAAACUGUUCUAUUUCUAGUGAUGCUCUGGUUCUGGAAAAGUGAGGAAGACGAAAUCUGAUGGAAUUUUUAGUGGCUUCAGUUCAACAUGAGAGGUUGGGUCUGUAAUAAGCUUGCCGGAUGUUGUGGAGAUUGGAAAUGCGGCGACGGUCGGAUUGUUGGAAAGGCUGUUGUGUUGGCAGAAUCAACUAUUGGGCAAGUGCCUUCUGAUGAACUCACUAAGGAGGCAGUAAGCUGAGGUUGGAGUUAUCUAGUAAGUCUGAAUUAAUAGCCUCUAGUAUUUUGUUUUUAUUUUUUUGGAGUCAAAUGGGGGAAAAUUAAUGUCUGCAUA